ACCACCCCGCACGCUGCCGUCUCAGUCGUUACAAGGACCUAGCGUGCACUUGUGGACGCCUCUGUUGGUGCAACCACGGCCGGAACACUUUAACUCUCUCCGAGCAAUGAUGUGCACGCACUCUCCUCGCCACCGACCACUCGGCAGCGGUGCACCACUUGCGUCCAUAGGAUGAUGGCACAGAAGACACUGAGCUCGUAACGCGCCCCGCUGGGAUAAUAUAUACAAGGAACCCGACUUAAAGAGGCAAUUAUUUAGACAAUAAUAUUAUCAGCAGAAACAGGAGCAAUAAUAAGAGCGCAGUCGCCAUCAGCUGCACCAGCACUAGCAGCAAGCUGAGAGCGUAUUGAACAUUAACAUCAGCAGCAGUAUCAACAGAGACACCAACAUCUUCAGUAGCGGCGGCAGUAGCAGCAGCAGCAUCAGUAGCAGCAGUAUUAGCAACGGCAAAAGCAUCAGUGGCAGCAGCAUAAGUAAUAGCAUCAACAGUAGCACCACCAUAAUCAUUAUUAGUAGCACCAGCAGCAGUAUCUUAAACAUCAUCAGCAGUAGCAGCUGAGUCAGUAAGAUCAUCAUCAUAAACAGCAAUAACACCAACAACAAAAGCAACAGCAAGCAGCAGCGUUCAACAGCAUAACACUUCGGUGAACAGUGGAUAGGGCUCAGUAUGCAUCAAACACACACCGGCAACUGAAAGGAUGCAUCGUGUCGUAUGGAUUCCUUUCCUAUGCCGUUCCUGCAGCUGACCUUCACCCGGAGCGACUCGAAAGCAUCAGGAAUAUAGACCGGCCGGAUUUAAUUAUAAAAUACAAUCCUCCGUGCAAAACUUCCAGUGUACGGAAGAGCCGGCGUACGGAGCAGGGGUGCCGAUCAUCAGCCACAGCAGGGCGUGCGUCAUGGCGCAGGUGCUGGAGUCAGCGGCUCAGUCGUCGCAAGGGGGGCCGCCCCCCCGUGAGAGCGGAGGACUCCCCGAAGAGUCGCCCAACAUGCUGGUCUACAGGAAGAUGGAGGACACGGUGAAGCGCAUGCAGGAGGAGGACGUGGGCGUGCCCGUUCGCACCGUCAAGGGCUUCAUGACCAAGAUUCCGAGCGUCUUUACCGGGGCAGAUAUCAUCCAAUGGCUCAUGAAAAACCUCAGCAUCGAAGACCAAGCCGAGGCCCUGCACCUGGGCUCAUUGAUUGCGGCGCACGGCUAUUUCUUUCCCAUCUCCGAGCACGUCCUCACGCUCAAAGACGACGGCACCUUCUACCGAUUUCAGACGCCAUACUUUUGGCCAUCGAACUGUUGGGAGCCAGAAAAUAUGGACUACGCCGUGUAUUUGUGCAAGAGAACACUGCAAAACAAAUCCCGCUCGGAACUGGCAGACUACGAAGCGGAAAGCCUGGCGAGGCUUCAGCAGGCGUUUGCGCGCAAGUGGGAGUUCAUUGUGAUGCAGUCCGAGGCGCAGGCCAAGAUUGAUCGUAAACGUGAAAAGGUCGAGAAAAAAAUCACCGAGAGCCAAGAGAGGGCCUUCUGGGAUGUUCACAGGCCAGUGCCAGGGUGCGUGAAUACCACCGAGGUGGACAUGAAGAAGUCGUGUCGGAUCCGGGAUCCGCACAGGACACGCAAGUCUGUGUACGGCUUGCAGGAUGAGUGCACUGGAGGAAGUCCACCCCCAACUCCACCGCCCGAUGCAAAGAAACCCACGAUGGACGAGCUGCGUCGACGGGUGGAAUUUCUCAACACUCAGCUGAACUGGCACUGCAUGAAGACAUCAAAAGUGGCUGAAAGCCUGAUUGGAUACUCGGAGCAGUACAUGGAAUAUGAUGCUUUCCUGACUCCAACGGAACCUUCCAAUCCCUGGCAGUCGGAUGACCCCACUUUUUGGGACAUGGAGGUCAGCAAGGAGCCGAGCCAGCAGCAGGUGAGGCGGUGGGGCUUCUCCUUCGAUGAAGUGCUCCAUGACCCGGCAGGACAAGACCGCUUCCUCCGCUUCCUCCAGUCCGAGUUCAGCUCUGAGAAUCUGGAGUUCUGGCAGGCGGUGCAGGAGCUGAAGCGACGUCCGCUGCGCGAGGUGCCUGAGCACGUGCAGCGCAUCUGGGAGGAGUUCCUGGCGCCCGGCGCCCUCAACUCCAUCAACCUGGACUCGCACAGCUUCGAGCGGACGGCGCAAAACAUCUGCGAGCCGUGCAGAUACACGUUCGAGGACGCUCAGGAGCACAUCUACAAGUUGAUGAAGAGCGAUAGCUACGGUCGCUUCCUUCGCUCACCUAUCUACCAGGAGGUGCUGCUCACGAGGAAAAAGUCUGAAUACAACCAGGACCGUCGGACCUCAUUUGAGAAGUUCACCAGGAAUGUGAGCCGGUCUCUGAAAACUCGUCGAAGAUUGCCUUCCACUUCUCGCGAUCCAACAAGCUAGAAAACGAGAGAGAAAGAGAGACACACAAACAGAUGAAUAGAGAAGACCGAUACUGGAGGAUUUCUCCACAAUUCUGGCUGUCGCCCUGAUGAGGCUGGUUGUAAUUACCAGCGAAAUGUCGUACUC